AUGGACGACACCGUUUUCAUCAAUGAGGCGGUCGGGAAGCCUCCUGAGGUGUACAACGACGCCGACAACAGCGACGAGAGUAUCAUCGACGUGGGUGAGGAGGCCGACAUGGGGGGGGGAAAGGACUGGAUGGCGGCGGCGAGCCCCACGCCGAGGACGCCUAACGCCGCCAGCAUUGGCGAAGUCUUUGCGAUGACCCCCAUGGCUGCCGGCCAUGAAGAGCCCAUGCAAGACUUUGUCGGAGAGGGUGGAACAGCAGCAGUGGAGCAAGAACACUCGGAGGAAAGCUUCGGUAGCUUCUCAGGCGAGUCAUCCUCCGGGGCGGACACGGGGGCUUUGCACCGGUAUGGGGUCUACGAUCUCGCGGGGGGGGAAGCUGCUGCAGCAACAGGGACCAACGAGUACGCGUCCUCGCGAGGCAGCGGCGGCGACGCCGCGACGCCCGGGGUGUUUCGGUCUGCCAGGAGCAUCUUGACCUGGAAGGAGGACGAUGAGCAGGAGGAAGGGGACGCAGAACGGGAGGCGGAGGAGGUACAAGCUCUAGUCGCCGAGGCGUUGGCGCUUGUUCAGGAAGCGAAUGCGGAUGAUUGAGGCUUCGUCGGUGGGGAGGGGGGAGGGGCGACGAAGUAGAGGAGUUGAGGUUGGGGAAUGGCGAUCAGACACCGUAGCAGCAUAUUUUUUUGUUUAUUUUAACGUUUUUUCGAGAGAACCUGGGUGUGACCAUUUCAUGUGCUGCUGCAUGCGCUUGGGCAUAGUCGUAUGUUCGUGGCUUGGAGCAGCGGCGCAGCACACAGAGAGCGCGUGUCGUCACGAGAGCAGCAUGUCCACGUAGGGUGGGGAUACGGGGGUGUCGGCGACACAACGUCUGCGGGGAGUACCUACCAAAGGCGGCGUCUCGCGCCCCCGCCGUACCUUUGUUUUGUUGGAGGUUCAUUGAAUGAAUGCACUUGCUUGGCUCUGGCGACUGCUGCCGUGGGUUCCGUAUUGGUAGCCUUGCGCUCUCUGCAGCUUACCGGUACCUGUUAUUCUUGAAAUAACGAAAGAGCCACCUGGGUGGAUCGGCUGGAAGCGAGGGUCGCCUCAGUCGUUUCCGAGAGCGAAGGAUUAGGUCCUUGUAUGCAUUAUUUAUAUACGAUGGGCCGAUUCGGACGGUGGCGUGCCGAACUGAGCCAGUUUUGGCUUUGACGUUGUCAAUUCUUCUGUCUUCAGCACACCAAUAUGGCGUGCGUUUAGUAGGUUGCGUUGGAAUUUUGCGACAUUUUCUGGUCCCUUUUGCCUGGACCGAUUGUUUUCGGGCGAUUUUUCUAUUCUUGGAAGAGAACGCAGUUGUAUUCCUGGUACGUUGUUGUGUGUAUACUAAUAUGUAUUCAAGUUCAAGUUCAAGCAACAUAUGUACCUCCCUGUUGGUGCGGUUAGAGGCCGAGUGCAUCCUAGGAUACGUCGCAUGGAUGGUGUUCUCGUGCCGCCGCUUUCUGUUCGAUUUGAGUCGCUGGCGUGUUUCAAAGCUGCGUCUUCGAAUACACGUCUUGUCGCUAGCGCUAGGGCUUUACACGUACGUAUCCAUGUUCACUCCUCCUUUUAAACGUAUGCACCGCCCUUAGUUUAUACAUGUGCCAUUGGGAGAGUGCUCCGAGCAGCUUGUCGGAGGCUUGUCAAUGUGUGACAUGUGCUUCCAUUUGUAGGAAAGUACGGUUAGUUUUGAAGUAGGGGUGACGGCAGUUCUCCGUCAACUACAGGCGUCGUCGAGUCACAUGCGGACAACCAAGCGAAUAGAGCACGCAAUUUGGAAUUGUUGCUAUCGAUGGCGUUAUUUUUGGUAGUAUUUCUGGAUGUUGUGUGUUUGUCUGAGUUCUUGACGGCGAACGACGCCUGGAAUGAAUGUAGCCUAAAACGAUCCGUAAGUGAUCGUGUUAGGGGCGGUGAUUGCAUGUGUUGGCUUUUUCUUACAACAGCAUGCAUGCAUGCAUACUGUUCAACCGCGAGACGGAUGGUAGGGAAUGAAUGUACGCACGCACAUGGCAGGCUUCUUUUGAGGCACGUCUUCUUCUUCUCUCGUUGUGCACGAAGCGUGCGAGAAUGGUUUGUUUUGAAAUGCGACGCGCAUUCACGCCCAACCAUGCCCGUACGGGUUUGAAUCGUUUUGAACGUAUGAAAGGUUGGUUCUGGUUU